CGUAUUAAAGUAUUUAAUGCUAGAAAGGGCCAUAGUAAAGGUCCCUCCGACCACCUUUGUCACAUUUUCCACUGCCCAUGUCCCUUAGAACAUGGAGGAAAUUAUGGCAUUAUUACUCUCUCUCUCUCUCUCAUCUCAAAUACCAUAAUAAAAACCCCCCUCACUCAACAUAAGACACUCCCCUUACUUAGUUUUUGAAUCAACAAACCAAUAUUCCAAAGUAAACAAAUAAAACCACCUCAAUCAUUGUUGUGGAAUCCAUUAUCCAAGUCCAACCAAAGCAAACCAAAAACCACCCAUUGUUUACUAUACUUUGCAUGCCAAAGUCAUAACCCACAAACCCUUUUUGUGUUUUAAGGAAAAAGAUUCUCUUCCUUCUUAAAAAUAUUUCUUUUAAUAAGAUAGCUAUAAAAAGAUCAUGGAUAUUGAAUCAGCAAAGUGUGAAUGCUGUGGUUUGAAAGAAGAUUGCACUCAAGACUACAUAACCGAUGUGAAAUCCAAAUUUGAUGGAAAAUGGUUAUGUGGGUUGUGUUCAGAAGCAGUGAGAGAUGAAGUAAUGAGUGGAGGUAAAAAGCAAUGGGAUAUGGAUGAAGCUGUGAAAGCUCACAUGUCAUUUUGCAGAAAAUUCAAAUCUAACCCUGCAGUUAGAGUAGCAGAAGGUAUGAGACAGAUGCUAAGAAGAAGAUCAAAUGAUUCAUCAUCAUCAUCAUCAUCUUCACCUUCAUCAAAGAAGUAUUCAAGGUCACCAACCACUUCUCAAGUUGGAGAUUCUUCCACUUUUUCUUUGUAUUGAUGAUGAGAAACCAAGAAGCAGAGUAUACUCUGUUUGAGGCAGAGGAUACUCUGUUUUGGUUAGAAUAAAAAGUUAAUUGUUUUUAGCCACUUUUGGCCAAGCUUCUCUCUUUUCUUUUUCUUGUUUCUUGUCAUGUACAGGGAUGUAAUUUCAGGGUCUUUUAUUUUUUCAGCUUUUCUCCUUUCUGUUUUUACCAACUGAUUCCUAAUCCCUUUGUCAUCUUUUGUGUUAGAAUACUGUUAACUUAUUAACAACUACAUAACUUGUUAA